AUGGAAGUCUCAAAGGAAACAUCAUUUGAAGAAUUUGAGAAUUAUUCCUAUACCUUGGAAUAUUACUCGCAGGAGUCUGCUUCAGACGAGAAGACACAUCUGGGAAUUGUUCACUGGAUCUCCCUGCUGUUGUGUGUCCUAGCAUUUGUUCUGGGAAUUCCAGGAAAUGCCAUUGUCAUUUGGCUCAUGGGAUUCAAGUGGAAGAAGACAGUCACUACUCUCUGGUUCCUCAAUCUGGCCAUUGCAGAUUUCAUUUUUGUUCUCUUCCUGCCCCUGUAUGUCUCCUAUGUGGCCUUGAGUUUCCACUGGCCUUUUGGCCCGUGGCUCUGCAAGGCUAAUUCCUUCAUUGCCCAGCUGAACAUGUUUUCUAGUGUUUUCUUCCUGACAGUGAUCAGCCUGGACCACUAUUUCCACUUGAUCCAUCCUGUCUCAUCUCAACGGCACCGGACGCUAAAGAACUCACUGAUCGUUGUUCUAUUUGUCUGGCUUUUGGCUUCUCUGCUUGGAGGUCCUAGCCUGUACUUCCGUGACACUCUGGAAGUCAAUAACCACAUUAUUUGUUAUAACAAUUUCCAGGAGCAUGACCGUGACCUCACCUUGAUGAGACACCAUGUUCUGACCUGGGUGAAAUUCCUUUUUGGCUACCUUUUCCCUCUGCUGACAAUGAGCUUCUGCUAUUUGUGUCUCAUCUUCAAGGUGAAGAAGCGAAGCAUCCCCAUGUCCCGUAAGCAUUUCUGGACAGUCCUCUCUGUAGUCAUUGCCUUCGCGAUCUGCUGGACCCCUUAUCACCUGUUCAGCCUUUGGGAACUCACCGUGUACCACAACAGCUCUUUCCAGAAUGUGCUACAGGGGGGAGUCCCUCUCUCUACUGGCUUGGCGUUCCUCAAUAGUUGCCUGAAUCCCAUCCUUUACGUUCUAAUUAGCAAGAAGUUCCAAGCUCACUUCCGGGCCUCUGUUGCUGAGGUACUAAAGCAUUCGUUGUGGGAAGUCAACUGCCCUGGCACAGUCAGUGAACAGCUCAAGAGCGCGGAAACCAAGAGCCUGUCUUCCCUAGAAACAGACCAUGUUCCCAGAAAUCAGCAUGGAUUCUUCACGUGA